GGGACAGAGCGCCCUCUGGGGGCGGAAGUUCCGGGCCGGAAGUUCUGCUGUCCCAUCACGCCGCGCGCUCUUUCCUUCCGGUGCGACGGCAGCGGCGGAGUCGCAGACAUGGCGAUCCGGUACCCCAUGGCCGUGGGCCUCAACAAGGGCUACAAAGUGACCAAGAACGUGGCCAAGCCCCGGCACUGCCGGCGCCGCGGGCGCCUGACCAAACACACCAAGUUUGUGCGGGAUAUGAUCAGGGAGGUCUGCGGCUUCGCACCCUACGAAAGACGAGCGAUGGAGCUGCUCAAAGUCUCCAAAGAUAAACGUGCCCUGAAGUUCAUAAAGAAACGGGUUGGCACCCACAUUCGGGCCAAGCGAAAGCGGGAGGAACUCAGCAACGUCCUGGCAGCCAUGAGGAAAGCUGCCGCAAAGAAGGACUGAGUUGUACAGCCCGGAGCUCAAUAAAACCCUUUCUAACAACAGCA